AUGCAAAACAGUAUUAAAUCAUCAGCUGUAUCACCAACAGUGAAACUUCGUUGGAAUUGUUUUGAAGUAUCUGUUGAAAUGGGUGAUAUAACCCAGGUUCAUACGGAUAUGAUAUUGACAACAUGUGAUCCGAUUAUCUCGUGCACCAAUGGCGUUGCAAAAGCCAUUGUCGAGAAGGGUGGUGAGCGAUUGCAGGAUGCGAUUGACUCGAGAAUGGUCAAUGAGGUGCGAUUGCAUUUCGGUGAUGUGUUAGUGCUGAAUGCGGAAUCGUUAAAUGCGUGGUGUGUUGCUUUCGUUUGUCCGUCGAGAGGUUCGUUCCGUGAUCUCAAAGAAGCUUAUUACAAUGCUCUCAAAGAAGCGAUGUAUCUCGGUGCCAAAACCAUCGCAAUGCCUGGAUUUGGAACAGGUCCGUUCAUGCUCAUUUACUCAUGUUACAAAUAA